ACUCAGUCCGUAUCUGGUGUUAAGCGAAAACUGGAAUAUAUUACGGCAUUUACGGGUAUGUCAUUAAAAAUGAUAUGAAACUUUAUAUAAUUAAAAAACACAACAUUUAUAUAUAAAUACCUUCCUUAUUUUAUAAUUAUUAUAUAAAUUUUAAGCCGUUUUUACACUAUAUAUACGUUCCUACAGCCUGACCUAUAGGCCUAGCUUUGAACUAGAUUUCAUGAUGUAAAAAAAAGUUCGGCCUGGCACAGAAUGAGUUAAUUAUUUUUAAAAACGAGUCAUAAAAUUAAUAUAUUUUGUAAAUAUGAUUGCUUUUUCUACGAUGAUUGCAGUAGAAGUACAUCUUCAGGUUGCAAUCCUAAUUUUUCCUGUUGUCAUUUUGAUUUGAUGUUGAAUCGAGCACUGCAGAUCACAAAAUAAAUGUCCAUAUGGCCACACUGAUCAACAUAAAACAAAUUUCGAGUAAGUAAAUAUAUUUCAUUGAUAAAUAUAAACCCAAUUAAAAUAUACUCAAGUAUAUCUAAAUAGUAAGGAAAAUCACAUUUGAUCCCCUACACUUUUUAGGAGUGAUUUGCCGAAUCCCAAUCUUAAUUUCAAUUGAAUGUGGUUAAAUAAUAGGAGUCACAUAAAUCAAAAAUUUAACGUAAACGUAUAAAAAUAAUGAUCUAUAAACGUUCUGCAGAUUUACAUGUAGUUACAUGUAGUUUACGAAUAGGUAAUACCAAAUGUUCCUUUAUAAAUACACAAGAUCUCUCAAAAAGCCCAUAUGCCAGUGCGUUUUAAAGAAAAACGUGAUUAAUAAUAUAAUAGUAAGCGAAAAGCUUUCCGUUAUAAAUAGAUAUUGUUGGGAAAUAUGAUGGUUGUUCUUAAUCGCUGAUAUUGUAGCUGUUAUAUUAUAUUGUUUAGUCUAGAAUUGGCCAUACAAAUUUAAUAGUAAAUCGCAUGUUUUAAAUCAUUUUUACGUGUCGACGUUUCAGAUACAAAAAAUGAUAUUCCGAUUCAAUAGAAAGUACCAAAAAUUAUAUCAAAAGUUCAAAGAAUGUUCUACAAAACCACAUAACUUUUCCAAACAUACAGAUCAGUUUAAAAGAUUGCUGUGAUAUCAUUUUCGAAAUGUUUUAUAAUUAAACAAGAAACAACAGAAAAGACAACGGAAGCACGAAAAGGCAAAGCAAAAUAUAAUUUGUAUAAAAAGAGCAUACCUUAAGACACCUUAGACUUCAAUUUUCUCACGUCCCAUCAAGUGUAGAAAAACUCAAGAUAUCCCACAUUCACUCGCAAAGAGGAAAAAUGAAGUAUUUUUCUCAAAAUAUAACCGCUCUAUCUCCAUUAAAAAAAUAAGUGUACUGUGGCUGUUCUAGCAGCAAACGUGUUUGACAGUUUGUUCUGGAAUGUGAUUUUCCCAACGUCACAGACACGUGAAUAUGACGUGAUAUAACGUUAUACAAUUGUUUGACAUCAAAUAUAGGUUCGCCAAGCGUACAUGUAUCUUAAUAAGACGCCAAUAGACCUUAACGUUUAUAUUUCCACCCGAUGGCCGCGUUUUCGUGUCAAAUCACUCUCCUCCGCAGAGGCUUUGUAGAUCUUUGUAGUUUGUUUUCUUUCUAUAUUGUAGUUUGUUUUCGUUCUAUAUACUAGUAACUGAAGUUUGACUAUAGAGUUUGCGGGCAGUAGCGGGCUAGGUAGAGAAGUGGGCACGCGGGCGGAGCAAGCGCGCGGGGUUAAAAGGGGGCAUCGUGGACAUUUGGAGAUAAUAGGGAAUCACACAACCAAGCUCCCCCCGCGUGCCCACUUCUCUGCCUAGCCCGCUACUGCCCGCAAGUCAAACUUUAAUAUAUACAAAGAAAACAAAAAAGCCUCUGCGGAGGAGAGUGGUGUCAAAUACUUAUUCAUGUUUUGUGCUUAGUAGAACAGCAAGAAACAAAUUCGUCCAGGAAAAACAUGGGAAUGUAAUCUUUAUCUGGCCCUAACAUGCUAAAAUUAGUUAACAUGGAAUCGAGGCCAUUGGGUAAAAGAUAAUAAUCGGUCACGUCUAUUUCCAACAUAAUGCACAUAGAACGAAAGAAUAUCGAAAAUACAUUAUUGAACAUAUUAUACAAAUGAUCACAUUUAUACUUUUGAGAGAAAAUGUGUAUCUUGAAAAACAAUCUAAAAAUCAUGACAAAAGGUCUCCAACAAGAACGAAGAUAUUACAGACCCCUAUUAAAUUGAUGUUGAGGGUAAAUGAGGGUUACUAUAUUACCGAUGCUACCUAAGCUCGAAAAAAAAAGACAUGCAAGUAUACUCCAUCCCUGAUCCCUCUUACCCUAGUACCUUAAUACUAACCCCAAAUAAUUUAGGCCCAGUGCUAACACUACCUAUAGAGUUAAUAUUACGGGUUAGUGCCCAGUUUUGCCUGUUUGGUAUAAUAAUUAACAAUUAUUCGCCGAAAGCGAGGUGAUUAUCGGGGAAUAUUCGCCGAGACGAAGUCGAGGUGAAUAUUCCCCGAUAAUCACCGAGCCUGAGGCGAAUAAUUGUUUUAGUAUUUUUGAGUUUUUUUGGGACUGAAUUUAUUUUAAUUUCGCUUAUUUCUUUAUCAGUAUUACGUCCACAAAAGGACUGGCCGCCAUUUUAAAAAUUUCGGUUUUGUUAUAUUCACCUGUAGGUGAAUAUAACAGCUUAAUACGUUAAAUUUGACCAAUCAGGUUGUAGGAUUUGUUAUGUUCACUUGUGCAAAAAUACUGAAUAAUAAUUAUUAUUUGUAUAGUAUUUACUAAUUCAGUUACUAAUUUACUAUUCAGUAUUUACUCAGUCUAAUGAGUAAUGGAAAAUUAUAUUACUCUUCUACAAUGAACGUUCGAACUGGUACUGCCAAUCAAUGACAGUUACUACGGUACUAAAUAUUGGUUUUGCUUGAUUGAUAAAUCGAGUGGAAUAAUAAUAUAUUAUAUACAAUUUUAGACCUAACCAGGAACGGAUACGAAAAUACAACACUAUGUCCUCCGACAGGACUUGAAUAUGCACCCUACGAUUCCGGUGCAGCGUUAAACCGUUUAUAUCCAAAUGUUUUUUGUGCAUCUCACGCGAUGGGACUUCAAAUGUCAGUUUUAGUUGAUGAAUGAUGGAUACGUCGAGUAGAAAUAUAAUAUAUAUGUGCAACUCAUUAGCUCAGUGGUUAAAGCACAGCACUGGAAUCUAUUACAAGAAAAUAUUUGGAAAUAUUUCUUUAGACUUUGACAUGGCUACAACACCUUCAAACAUCGCUGCUGAAGUAAAACUUGAAAACAGUCCAUGUUCAUCUGAAGGUAUUAUAUCAAAUUAUUAUAGUUACGUGAUAUUAACACAUGUACAACUUUCUGAUUUUUUUUUAUCUAGAUCUAAUGUACAUGGCUACAACACCUUCAAACAUCGCUGCUGAAGUAAAACUUGAAAACAGUCCAUGUUCAUCGGAAGGUAUUAUAUCAAAUUAUUAUAGUUACGUGAUAUUAACACAUGUACAACUUUCUGAUUUUUUUUUAUCUAGAUCUAAUGUACAUGGCUACAACACAUCAAACAUCGCUGCUGACGUAA